AUGUCCGCCACCAAAGUUGCUCUUGUCGGGGGCUCCGGGAACCUUGGUCCCGCCAUCCUCUCUGAAUUGUUGGGCGCUGGAUUCGCCGUCACGGUUCUCACCAGACAAGACAGCAGCAAGACCUUUGACUCCAGAGCUCAAAUUGCGAAAGUAGACUAUGAAUCUCUCGAAUCGCUCAAAGCUGCUUUAGUCGGCCAGGAUGUCGUGGUUAAUACCCUCGGUGUGGGCGCCGUCCCCCGCGACAUCCACUUGCGUCUCGUCGACGCUGCGGUGGCUGCAGGUGUCAAGCGCUUCCUCCCAUCAGAGUACGGUUCCGAUACGACCCACCCUAAUACCGCGAAGCUCCCCGUCUUUGGAGACAAGGUUGCUGUUCAGGAACAUCUCAAGAACGUCUCGCAGCAGUCCGGCCUUACUUAUACAAUUUUGGUCAAUGGACCGUUCCUUGAUUGGGGAAUCAAGACAGGGUUCCUGCUGGAUCUGUCUGGUCCUGUCGCUGCAAUGUACGAUGGCGGCGACCGAAAGUUCAGUGCCACCACUCUGAGAGGAGUCGGCAAAGCCGUGGUGGGAAUCGUCAGCAAUCUCUCCGCUACCAAAAAUACCACUGUGUUUGUUCAUGAAGCGACUGUGUCACAGAAGGAACUUCUGGCCUUGUCGGGUAAGACGCCUGAGACGAAGACUGUGCAAACGUCAGACCUGGAACAGGAAGCCUUCGCCGAGCUCCAAAAGCCGGAACCAAACCCUCACGUGUUCGCCUUCGGCUUCCUGCGGAGGGCUAUUUUCGGGGAAGGGUUCGGGAGCCUGUUUGCUUCUGAGAAUCUUUUUAAUGAUUUGUUUGGCAUGAAGACUUUGUCUAAGGAGGAACUUCGGAGGCUCGUCGCCGACUGA